AUGUAUAUUCUCGGUAUAAUUGACAGCUUCACAAAGUUUGUGGUAAUAAAAGCGGUCAAAAAUACAAAAAGCAAAACUUCGAUCGACGUUCUUAAGGACGUAUUCGGACUAUUCGGGGUACCGCAAAGCUUGAUAUCUGAUCGGGGAACUAGCUUUACUUCCAAUGAAUUUAAAACAUUCGUUGAAUCAGUAGGACUUAAGCACAUCUUAAACGCAGUGGCUACCCCUCGGGCUAAUGGCCAAAUUGAGCGGUAUAACCGCACAAUCCUGGCGUCGAUCACAGCUUUAUGUCAUGGAGAGGAUGAUAGGAAUUGGGACCUUCAUAUUAAUCAGGUGCAAUGGAGUCUCAAUAAUACAGUGAACCAAAGUACUGGCAAAAGUCCUACAGAAAUUAUUUUCGGAAAAAAUACGGUAAAUGCUUCUGAGACUCACCUGCACGAAAUAAUUUCAUCUAAAGAUAUUUCGCCCGAAACUAUACAGAAAAUCAGGAAUGAGGCAAGUGAUAAGUUAGUUAUACAACAAGCGACAAUGAAGGAACGGUUUGAUAAAAAAAGAUGUAAGGCCAAAGUAUACAAGGUCGGGGAUUUAGUAAUGGCACAAAAGAGUACCAGGACACCCGGAGAGAAUCAGAAACUUGUCCCAGCCUUCAGUGGCCCAUAUCGCGUGACAGCAGUGUUGGACCAUGACCGUUAUUUGAUUUGUAGCGUUGAGGGUUACUCAAAAAAAAAGUAUAGUAACGUUUUCCCGGUAGAUAAAUUAAAGCCUUGGGUGACAUUUAAUGAUUCAGAAUCCGAAAGUGAUUACUGCGACAGUAACUAA